CAUUGAGACGGUGGAUUCAGCCCACUGCCCAGCCGUCUGGCUCAGCCACAUUUAUCAGUCCCUGUCAUCCCUGGGCAAGAGGCGAAGUCGCUGACCUUUCUCGAGGAGACCCAACCCCAACUGCAAUUCAGACUACAAUAGAACAUAACUCAAACUACCUGGAAGUUGGACACUAGAGCCAAGCUGCUGUGCGCCCAACUCUUCAAUAACAACAACAUUCUGAAGGAGCGGCAAGGCAAAGAAGGCCAAAGUCCCGGCUGCAAAAAUGGUUGCUGACAAGGGCCCUUUGCCUCCUGGCUGGGAAAUGAAAUGGGACAGCAGGCGUGGAAAAGCGUAUUUCAUCGAUCACACGUCUCAAACUACCACCUGGCAGGACCCAAGAGACCAGCAUGGAAGCUCACAGGCGCAACAACCGCAGGCUCAGCAGCAAUACCAGUCACAGUGGCAGUGGCAACAACAACAGCAACAACAACACCAGCCACAACACCAGCCUCAGACUCAUCAGCCACAGCACCAGCCACAGACUCACCAGCCACAGCACCAGUCACACCAGCCACAUGGGCAGUGGCAGCAACAGCAGCAACAGCUACAACAUCAGCCUCAGACUCAUCAGCCACAACACCAGUCACAGCACCAUUCACACCAGCCAUCACACCAGCCACAUGGGCAGUGGCAGCAACAGCAGCAACAGCUACAUCAGCAACAUCAGCCACUGCAUCAGCAACAGCAUCACCAACAGCCACAUCAACAGCAGCACCAACAGCCACAGUGGCAGUGGCAACAGCAUCAGUCACAGCCACAGCCGCAGCAAACACAACAAAAUGACAGCCAUCAUCAGCACGGCCUCCCGUAUCCCAGUCGCCCACAGCAGCAGGAGCAGCAGCAUGCUAAUCAUCAGCACUCCGCGCUCCCGUACUCUGUUCAGCCCCAGCAGGGUGAGCACCACAGCCACUUUGCCCACCACAUUCACCAGCCGCCCACCCCGCCGGUGCAGACUACAGAGAGCGCUCAGCGGCCGGCAGCGACCGACUCGCCGCUCAGCGUGCCCCGGCAGGCGGCCUACGGCGGCCAGCCGGCGGCGCGCCGCUCCAGUCAGCUGUCCGUGCCGCCCGGUCAGACUCAGACGACCGGGGGAACAGGCGGCGGCUCGCUGACGUCCGAGGAGUCUGGCACGGAGCGGCCGGUGACCGGCACCGAGGCCGUGCCGCGCAUCUGCGCUCUUUUCCCCCAUAUCGAGCCGCACGUCAUCAGCGACCUGCUGACAAAGUACAGCAGCCGCGAGGAGGUGGUGAUCGCCGCGCUGAGCGUCUCCCCGCCGGCCACCGAGGCCGACCACGACCACAACCAGUCGGCAGACUCGGAGGACUCAGCCACCAAGAUCGGCGCCCUGUUCCCCACCGUGCCCGAGGAGCGCAUCCGAGAGCUGCUCAAACGGUACCACCAGCGCGAGGCGGUGGUCAUCUCGGCACUGCAGGUCCAGCGCCACCCGCUGGUCAUGCCCGGGCCGCUCGGAACCCCGCCCUCGUUCCGGGCUGCCGCCGCCGCCGCCGUCGCCACCGCCAGUCCCUCGCUGGCCGCCACGACCACGCCGCGACACGCUUCCCCGUCACCGCCGUCGUACGGAGCGCCUGCGGCGGGAGCGGUGACGGGCCCGGGCUCUCCGCGGCCCGGCUCGGCCGGCAGUGGCGCCACCGUCUCCUGGCCGUCGCCUGUGCUCGGCUACUCGUCUCCGCGUCCGGACGGCCAGCCGCGACCCCACUCGUCGCCAAAAAUGAAGCUCAGGUACCUGAAGUCAGUGUUCCCAGAGGCCGAUGAAGCUCUCCUGUUGGAUGUGCUCACCAACUGCGACAACAGCGUGCAGAAGGCCGGCAUCCGCCUCACCAGCAUGGGGUACGACAAGAGCGAGACGCCCGUGGUUCCCGCCCGGUUCGACCUGCGUCACCAGCGGGACGCGGCUGUGGUGCGGCGGCCCGAGAGCCCACGGCAGCCGGAGCCGUCCCCUCGCUCCCGGCUGGUCAUCUCGGAGACCGAGCGACAGCACGCCCGAGACGCCCUGCUGCGCGACUUUCCGUCCGUCUCGGAGGAGGUGCGGAAACUGGCCCUCGAGUCGGGCGGCUAUGACCUCGAGCGGACCCGGAGUGUGCUGGAGAGCAUGGUAGAGGGUCGCGGCUCGUCGGCGGCCACGGUCACCGACGCGGCGCCGGGCUCGGCACACACCAGCAGUGAGCCGGCCGCCGGUCCGUCCCCGAAGCACAGUUCACCCCGCUCGCCGCGGCGCGUGGCCCGCGUGCAGGCGGAGACGACGUCCACGUCCAGUCCUCUGGCCAGUCCGAGCAGAAAGGCGCGCGCCACAGCGGCCGCUCAGCCACCCAGCGGAGGACGCAGCACCAAGAUGGAGUACCGGUCUCAGAACAGGACGGCGGCGCGUGGAGCCGACAAAAGCCUAGUGCGCGGACCCCAGUCGACCAACCUGCUAUCCGACUACAUCGCUUGGAAUGGUCCUGACCCGGAGCUGCGCCACGGCCCCAACCCCGAGCUGCGAGCCGGCGUGCAGGCCGGCCGCGCCAAAGGCGCCGACGCCAGUCUGUGUCUCGGCCCGUCGUGCGCCACCAUCAAGCAGUACGCGCGCUCAGUGCGCCGCAUGCUCGUCACCAAGCUGUAAGUCAUCCGCCCUGCCGGCCUCUGCUGUCCUACAGCGGCCUCAUAGUGUGAGCGUCCGGCGGACAGUGUUUCAACGGUCCGGUCGGAGGCCGCGCAGGCUAACUAGGCCGUCCACCUGGCCGACCGACCACGGCAGCCGGCACCGGGGACAAACAAAGGCGAACUUGUGGAGGUUAGCCACGGAGUGUAUCAGCGCCUUUUUGAGUUUUAUUUCGUAUGGAGUCACCGCCUAGCCAACAUCAAAACAUGACGAAUGGCAAGACAUUGUACAACUGCCGGCUUAUCUGCUUGCCUAUCUGUAUUUUACCGGUAUCGUUAGCUAUGCGACGUUGAAGUAACGCUAAAUCUUAGUAGCUGCAUGGUGCUGGAUGGAUGAGUCACUUUAAUCACCGCUGGUUGGUUCCUUUUGGAUGGCGCGUACCGUCAAAGUCCAGCCAGAAGGUGCCACCUCUUGCAGUAUGCCUAUAGAACCGCCUGUGCCAUAACUGUUCAGAGUUUUUGUCAGUAGUGGGGGACAGCGGGAAUGUUCAUUAACA